AUGAGUCAGGGAUUAGAUAUUGAAGCCAUCAAAAAAGAAAUUCGUGAGCAGAUAUUAAAAGAACUAAAGACAUCAAAAACAGGACCUUCGGUCUUGGCGCAGAGCGCUGAAGAAAAACCAGAAAAACCAAAAAGGAAAUUAAGUGAAAAGCAGUUAGCCGCAUUAGCUGCAGGAAGAGAGAAGAACCCGCGAAUGAAAGCAAAAAGAGAACGUGAGGCUAAAGAAAAGGCGGAAAAGGAAAAGGCUGAAUCCAUUGAGAAGAAAGAAUAA